AUGAAAGGAUUGCAAACACCUGUGUCGACUUCAGCAGCUCUGAUUCUGCUACUUCUAGUUUUUUGUAGCAGCAACGUAGAGGGUCGUCAGAUGGUGCCAGCUUCCAUGGAAGUAGCUUCUAGUAAAACUGUGAGAGAUUUGAACAUAAACAAGGACAUGAAGGAGAAGUCUCUACGAGGUGAAAAAGAUAGUUUCCGAAGAAUCCCAAGGAGUGGAUCCAGCCCUAUACAAAACAGGAAAGGUCCCUUAACAUACGCACGAGGAAGUAGAAAUCAGCAGAUCACAAGAACAGAACCAUAGAUUUCAUUUUUCUCUUGAAAGACUUGAAUCUUUCUAAUAUUUUUUUUUUGGUAGUGUAGACUGCUUACACUUAUUUUUGGAUCUGUAACUGAAACAUAAAAACUCAUUGUAUAAGCUUGCCACUGUUAACAGUUCCUAGAGUAGGCUUAGACCUCUAUAAGUUUGUCUGAAGUGUAAUGCGAAAAAAAUAGUUUUCUCUUAUAUCAUUGUUCAGAGGGUAGAUCUAGCCAAAAAGACUUUAACAAUGAUGCCAUCUUCAAUAAAACUUAGAGAAAAGAAAAAUAGAUUAAGCAGUCUGACCUUCAAAUUCUCAAUUUAUUUGA